AUGUCUGUCAAAGCCACCAAGCGAAGGUUCGAUGCGCUGAAGACGGAGAAGAAUUACUCCCGCUCAUGGACACCCAAAAGCAUGCAUUUUGCAAACAAGGGUGGAUAUGCCAUCAAGUUUUGCGAGUCAAAACUUGGCACCUCUGAGAGCCCGGACAAAUGUAUUGUUGCAGAAAAGUCACAACAGUCUCUGAACAGCGUCGGGCUACCCUCGAAACAUGUUGAGACAUCGCAAGCCACUGCAGAGACUCUUGUGAGCGGCUCUUCGUGCGAUAUUGAGUUGGGAAGCCGGGAUGCAUCUCACACCACACCAGAUGAUACCGACUUGAAGAAUGCUGAAGAGGGCCAUGGUAAUUCUGGAUCAGCUACAAAGAGCUUGAGCUGGGAUACAGAACGUCGCAAUUGGUUUUCAAAGCACUUGUUCCCAACCAUAUCACCGCAAGAGCUUGCAGAAAGAGCACAGCAGAAAUCACACGUAAUCGGACCUAUCAACUGGAAAUUGAGUCCUGUGAACGAGCCCAACGUGGAAACAGCUCGCCUAACUGUUUCAAAGAAGAGUUUCCCGAACGAGUGGGAGAAAGAACGGUACAGAACCUUUCCAAGACAAUUGGCUCGAAACUUGGCGCCUCUGGCUGGGGAUCUCUGGGUGUUGGACGCCAACCAGCUCCUGUACGCGUGGGAGGCUGGUAUCAUCAGUGAGCUGCCGGACUACGACGACGACGAUUUGGAUGAUCGGAACAAGGGGGAUGUGGUUGUAAAAGUUCUCGCUAUCGUGCAAAUCUUGUGGUUUGUGGUUCAGGUUAUCUUUAGGCUUGCUGACAAGCUUCCUACAACCCAGUUGGAGAUUCUUACCUUCUCAUACGCCGUUUGUACAGUAGCUGCCUACUUCCUCCUCAUGGGACAAACGAAAGAUACGCAGUAUUCCGUCACUUUGUACGCAGCAAGAUAUGCUAUGCCACAUGAGCUCUUGCGACUGGCGGUUAUGGGACCUACCGACUUUGGCCCGACCCGAAAGUUCGUUUGGAUACCAAACACUGCAAUUCAUGCUGCACCUGACAGGAAGCCGUUUAGCACGGUUAGAGACCUAGCCGGGGUGUCGAGUGUUUCGCUCGUCGUCCUGGGAGGAUUGCAUUGUCUCGCAUGGAAGAAUGAAUUCCCAACUAAAACCGAGUGGAUUUAUUGGAAUGUUGCUUCAGUUCUGACAGGGGCGGUUUUCCCAAUUAUAUUUCUGGUGAGCUGGCUGGGGUCAGCUAUAGCACAAGACAAAACCUUCAUGAACACAUAUUCACCGCAAGUGGUGGUUGAUUGGGUACGGCAUGUGAAAGCCAAACCCAGGAUUUACGGCUACAUACGUAUUCUCACCAUGCGUAAUCUUGGAUCGAGCAUGCUUUUGCUAGGGUCUUACUUUGUCAUUGUGCGGCUGUACGUGAUUUUCGAGGUUCUGCGAACUUUGGGGACUCAACCCCCAGAAGCAUUUGCAAGUACAGUUUGGUGGGCCAAUGUACCACACUUUGGUUAA